GGACUGCAACGGCGGCGGACCGGCGUCUACUUUACAUAGGAAAUCCCAAAGCUUGGCUGGCAGGUUGGUCCACGGACCCGACGAGACACACGCAAUGAACCGAAGGGACGAGUACGACUCUUACGAGAUCGAGGAGCUCAGCGACGAGGAAAGGGCAAGCAGCAGCUCUGAAGAUGAGCUGGACGUGCUGCUUCACGGGACGCCGGACCAGAAGCGCAAACUGCUGCGAGAAUAUCUGACAGGAGAGAGCGAGUCGUCCAGCGAGGAUGAAUUUGAAAAAGAGAUGACGGCCGAACUGGACUGCACCUUGAAGUCCAUGGAGAGCAGCUGGGCCUGUCCUGUGCCAGUGGCCGGCACUUCCAGCCGUACUGAGCAGCAGGUGGCAGAUGGAGCCAAUCAAGCCCAAGAUGGAACGACCACCGAAUAUUAUGAAGACAUCUAUUUUGACAGCGAUUCGGAUGAGGAUGGCGCAGCGAGUCCCCCGGAAAAGAAAAUGAAAGAAAAGAAACUUCAACGCAGGAUUCCCACAAACGACGAGUUAUUUUACGACCCAGAUGAAGAUGACCAGCAUCAAGCCUGGAUGGAUGCUCAAAGACAGGGGUACAGAGUGCAAAACAAGUCCCCAGUCAAAAAUCAGAAGCAGAAAAGGUCUCGGCCGCUUCCCAGCAGUGAUGCCGUUCUCAACUGCCCAGCUUGUAUGACGACCUUGUGCAUUGACUGUCAAAGGCACGAAAAGUACAGAACGCAGUACAGAGCCAUGUUUGUGAUGAACUGCACUGUAAAUAAAGACGAGCUCUUAAAAUACAAGAUGCCUAAAGAAAGAAGGAGGAGGAAGAACAAAGUCAGGAAAUCGGGUGAAGAGAACGAGGCGCAGCAUGAAGAGCAGUACCAUCCUGUGAAAUGCUCCGAGUGCUCCACAGAGGUGGCCGUCUUCGACAAAGACGAGGUUUAUCACUUCUUUAACAUCCUCGCCAGUCACUGCUGACCUGUAAGACCUGAGCGCCGCCGCUUGUUCCUUUCAGACUCUUUCAUUCACUUCUGUAAGUCGUCCUUUUAUUAUGAGGUGCAACGCUGGCAGGAGCUUUUUGGUACCCGUUAACACUUUUGGAGUGUAAGUUAGACUCGUUUGUACGGCCUGCGGACUCGACCGAAUUUGUUUUAAUGGACUUGCAGAAUUACUUUUAAAGGUUGAAGCCAUUGACCCUUUUAAGAACAUUAAAGUGUGAAUGGACCCUCACUACAUCUUUGCACUACUGAAUGAGUGACAAAGCACCGCGUCUCCUGAUUUGGUCCUGAUGUUUGUUUGUAGCGCCCGCUACACACUUUGAGGGGGGGGGGGGAAACCAAAUUCUUGUUUUGUGUUCCAAAAGAAAGUGCCCAAAAAAUAUUAAAGAGGGGCUUCACCAUCCGC